CUCACUCAGAAGUGUUCGAGGGUCUUCAUCAUGGAUCACACACAAACACCUCGAGAUGAAGAGCUUUCUCCAGGAUGCAGUUCGGUUGAUCAGAAGAGAUCAGAAGCAGAGUCCAGCUGUGUGUUUAUGAAGAGUGACGAGUCUAUAGGUCAUUCACAACAUUUCAGUUCAGUUCACCAGAAGACAUCAGAACCAGAGCCCAGCUGUGUGUCUAUGAGGAGUGAUGCUUCUAUGGAUCGUCCAAUUUAUUUUAAGAGUGAUGACACAAGGUCCAUCCUGCAACACAGAUCAGUUGUCAGAAAACCUGUCUGUAAGAAAUAUGACCAGCCUGUGAAUCAACCACAAGACAGCACGUAUCCUGGUGAAAGGCAUGAAGUCCUCAACUUGUUCAGAUCAAAUCUGCUGAAGAAGUUUGGUCGUCUGUAUGAGGGAACAGUGACGCAGGGAAACCCAACACUCCUGAAUGAGAUCUACACAGAGCUCUACAUCACAGAGAGUGAGAGUGGAGAGAUCAGUAAUGAGCAUGAGGUGAGACAGAUUGAGACACAAUCCAGGAGAGCAGCAACAGAGGACACAGCCAUCAAAUGCAAUGACAUCUUUAGUCCUUUACCUGGACAAGACAAAGCCAUCAGAACUGUGCUGACAAAGGAGUCGCUGGCAUUGGAAAAACAGUCUCUGUGCAGAAGUUCAUCCUGGACUGGGCUGAAGGAAAGAGAAUCAGGACAAAUGGAAAUAACCAGUGAUGAAUAUAAAGUGUUGUUCAUCUUUGAUGGUCUGGAUGAGUGUCGUCUGUCUCUGGAUUUUCAGAGUGAUGUGAGGUUGUGUGAUGUAAGUGAAUCAGCCUCAGUGGAUGUGCUGCUGAUGAACCUGAUUGUGGGGAAUCUGCUUCCCUCUGCUCUCAUCUGGAUCACCUCCAGACCAGCAGCAGCUGAUCUCGUCCCCUCUGAGUGUGUCCAUCGAGUGACAGAGGUACGAGGCUUCAAAGAGCCACAGAAGGAGGAAUACUUCAGGAAGAGAAUCAGUGAUCAGAGUCUGGCCGAAACAAUCAUCUCACACCUGAAGUCAUCAAGGAGCCUCUACGUCAUGUGCCACAUCCCAGUGUUCUGCUGGAUCUCAGCCGCUGUUCUGGAGAAGAUGUUGAGUCCAGCAGAGAGUGGAGAAAUUCCCAAGACUCUCACUCAAAUGUACACACGCUUCCUGAUCCUUCAGACUAACAUCAAACACGAGAAGGACUAUGAGAAGAAGCUGACAGAUGAAGACAUGAUCCUCAAACUGGGGAAAGUGGCUUUUCAGCAGCUUGUGAAAGGAAACCUGAUCUUCUAUGAGGAAGACCUAAGAAAGUGUGGCAUUGAUGUGACAGAAGCGUCAGUGUACUCAGGAUUGUGCACUCAGAUCUUCAGAGAGGAGUUGGGCUUGUAUCAGGGGAAAGUCUUCUGCUUUGUUCAUCUGAGCAUUCAGGAACAUCUAGCAGCUCUAUAUGUGCACCUCUCCUGGACAAACCACAACAGAAAUGUGAUUGUCCAAAUCACCAAACAGAGUUUGUGGUCUAAAGUAAAGGACUGGUUUCAGCGCAAUUCAUCAGAACAUGUUUCAUUAUCUGAGCUGCAUCAGAGAGCUGUGAAAGAGGCUCUACGGAGUAAAAAUGGACAUCUGGAUCUUUUCCUGCGGUUCCUUCUGGGUUUAUCAGUGGAGUCUCAUCAGAUUCUCCUACAACGAAUAAUAACACUGAAAAGAAGCAGCUCUGACAGCAAUGAGAAAACAGUUGAGUACAUCAAGAAGAAGAUCAGGACCAUUGGCUCUCCAGAGAAAUCCAUCAAUCUGUUCCACUGUCUGAAUGAACUGGGUGAUCGUUCACUAGUGGAGCAAAUACAACAGUAUCUGAAAUCUGGAAGAAUAAAGGAAGCUAAACUCUCUUCAUCUCAGUGGUCAGCUGUAGCUUUUGUGUUGUUGACGUCAGAGGAGGAACUGAAUGAGUUUCGUCUUGAUAAAUUUGUUAAAGGACUGAAUAAUUCGGAAAAUCAUAAAGUUCUUCAGAAGCUGCUGCCUGUGAUUAAAGAAUCCAGAUCAGUUCAGUUGAUUUAUUGUGGAGUCACAGAUGAAGGUUGUGCUGCUCUGGCUUCAGCUCUGAGAUCAAACCCCUCACACCUGAGAGAACUGAAUCUGUCUGAGAAUAAACUAGGAGAUUCAGUGAAGCUGCUUUCUGAUGUACUACAGAAUCCUCACUGUAAACUGGAGAAACUGAGGUUGAUUUAUUGUGGCGUCACAGAUGAAGGUUGUGCUGCUCUGGCUUCAGCUCUGAGAUCAAACCCCUCACACCUGAGAGAACUGGAUCUGUCGUGGAAUAAAGUAGGAGAUUCAGUGAAGCUGCUUUCUGAAGUACUACAGAAUCCUCACUGUAAACUGGAGAAAUUGAGGUUGUAUAAGUGUGGAGUCACAGAUGAAGGUUGUGCUGCUCUGGCUUCAGCUCUGAAAUCAAACCCCUCACACCUGAGAGAUCUGAGUCUGACGUGGAAUGAACUAGGAGAUUCAGUGAAGCUGCUUUCUGAUGUACUACAGAAUCCUCACUGUAAACUGGAGAAACUGUGGUUGAGGGAUUGUGGCGUCACAGAUGAAGGUUGUGCUGCUCUGGCUUCAGCUCUGAGAUCAAACCCCUCACACCUGACACACCUGGAUCUGUCAUUGAAUGAACUAGGACAAUCAGGAGUGAAGUUACUCUCUGAUCUGAAGGACGAUCCACUUUAUAAACUGGAGACAUUAAACUAUCGACCCUCAGUAUUUGGACGUCAGUCCAGUUUCCUCAGGAUCAGCUGAUGGUGAAUAAGGAGCCGCUACAGAGACGUCAGUCACACAAUCAACAGACUGAAGACACAGAGACACACAGCAUCACACUGUCUGAACUGGAGAAAUCUCUGUGCGUAAGGGACAAGGCCGAAGACCUUUGCUGGAUGCCCGUGCUCUUCGGGCCCUCAGACGACACUGCAUCACUCAUUGGCAUGAUUCUGUCAUUGAAAAUGACAUUUAGUCAUUGACUAAAUGGGCCCAGGAAUACUUCCAGAAACCACUGUCGGUAAACACAAUCCGCCGUGCUAUCUGCAGAUGCCAACUAAAUCUCUAUCAUGCAAAAAGGAAGCCAUAUGUGAACAUGGUCCAGAAGCGUCGUCAUGUCCUGUGGGCCAAGUCUUAUUUAAAAUGGACUGUUUCAAAGUGGAAAAGGUCAGACGAGUCCAAAUUUGACAUUCUUGUUGGAAAUCAUGGACGUCGUGUCCUCCGGGCUAAAGAGGAGGGAGAUCUUCCAGCGUGUUAUCAGCGUUCAGUUCAAAAGCCAGCAUCUCUGAUGGUAUGGGGGUGCAUAAGUGCAUACGGUAUGAGCAGCUUGCAUGUUUUGGAAGGCACUGUGAAUGCUGAAAGGUACACAAAUGAUGUGCAUUUCAGCAGGACAAUGCAAAACCACACACUACAGCUAUUACAACAGCAUGGCUUCGUAGUAGAAGAGUCCGGGUGCUGAAUUGGCCUGCCUGCAGUCCAGAUCUUUCACCUAUAGAGAACAUUUGGCGCAUCAUUAAACAAAAAAUAUGUCAAAGAUGACCACAAAUUCUUCAGCAGCUGGAAACCUAUAUCAGGCAAGAAUGGGACCAAAUUCCAACACCAAAACUCCAGAAACUCAUAACCUCGAUGCCCAGACAUCUUCAAACUGUUUUGAAAAGAAGAGGAGAUGCUACACUAUAGUAAACAUGCCCCCGUCACAACUAUUCUGAGACCUGUAGCAGGCAUCAAAUUUGAUUAAAUUUGAUUUAAAUUUUCAUUUAUUACAAAACAGAAAGAAAAA